CUCUGUAUUAUUGCCGAUAAGAAUACCUCUGAUGCAGUAUUCGUUGAACCGAAGGUAAAUAAUGUUGAUGAUAUAAAUUGGGAUGAUAUGCUUGAUUCGGAAUUAUUUGUAAAAAUUGCCGCUGGCGGAGAAACAGAUUGCGAAGAAUUACAUGAAGAUCAUAACUUUACUGUGGGGUCUACAUUUAACUCGCAUCGGGUUAGUUGUGUGGGAAAAGAGAAUAAAUAUAAGAAGAAAAGCAAAAGCACGAAAAAUAAAGUGUCAGAUCGAAGUGCAAAAGAACGUAAAUCCAUUAACAAUACUGAGAAGAGUCAUUCAAAAGUAAUAGUUGAGAUGAAACAAAUAAAUAAAAAUAAUUUACGAAAGCAAAAGUAUACAAAGGCUAUUAAAAAUUGGCUUAAUAACGUUGAAUCCCCGCAUCCCAUGUGUGGAAACGUAGACAAAGACUGCAUUAACGAAAUGAAGGGCGGCGACAAAGAUAAUAUACUGGAAAAUACUGAACCAAAUGAGCAUCCGACCCAAAUGUGUGAUACACCUGACAAAGAAAUUCAUAUAGACAAAGCACAGCCUGCAAUGAGAGCAAAGAAAGUUGUCCAAGCUCAAUUGGCCAAUAAGAAUGGUAUCAUGAAAUUCAGUAAACCAAAAAUUACAGAGAAACGAGCUCAUACUGAAUCUGCUACUCAGCAAAGUACGACUAAAGAUAACAGAAAUAAAGUAAUAAAGAAAUUCGUUGCUCCCAUUAAAUAUCAAACUGUAGAAGGUGUCAAGUUUCAAGUUCACUUGGUUGAUGAAGAAAAUAUUCUUAGUUUCAAUGACAGUCUGCUACAAGCGAAGGAUAAAGAAAUUAUUGCUGUUUUGAUUUAUAGCAAUGGUUUCUGUCAGCUUAAUAGUCAUUACACUGACGACACGUGCUCUCCUAGCGGCAUCAUCAUCUGUUAUAACGCUAUGUUCUACUGUUUCAAGACUCCUGGUCCGAACCUCAAGAAAGCACUAAGUUAUUUGCUUACGAACAAUAUCGUAGUGUGUUACGACGCUCGUAGUGUCCUAAUGUUCCUCGCGUCCCAUUUAGAGUUAGACAUUGCGACAAUAGAUAUGCGCGAUGCCAAGGCAAUUUAUUCCCAAGGUGUGUAUUUGAUCUGGCUGGCUCUUUCCUCGCAGUCUUCGUCUGUCAUAUCUACUGAAUGUUCGCUACAAAAGUCGAGCUGGUAUAUGAGUCAACUGAAGGAGUGUUGGCUCAAAUUGUUAGACUUGCUGAUUGAACAUUCUCUAUGGGAUGUAUUCAUUGAUAUUGAAAUGAAACUAAUACCUAUAAUUACUGCCAUGGAGCUUCGUGGCAUAUGCGUCGACAUGAAAACAUUAAACUCGAUGGAGCAAGCAGUAGUGGAUCGGUUGAAGGGGGUGGAGGCGCGGUGUUACGAGGUGGCCGGCAGAGUGUUCCAGGUCAGCUCGCCGGCGCAGGUGCGCGCGCUGCUGUACGACGAGCUGCGGCUGGACGAAGAGUGCAACCUCGACGUCGGGGGAACUGAAGCGAAGGGAGCCAAGUCCACGUGCGAGACCACGGUGAGGGCUGGCGGCAGUGUCGCAGCACGAGCUGCCGCGCCUGGUGCUGGAGUACCGACACCUGCACAAGGCGCGCGCCACCUUCCUGGCCGGCUGCAGAUGGCUUCGGCGACAGGGCGCAUCGCGGCCAGCAACCCUAACUUGCAGGCUAUACCUAAGGCUCCCUUCAGCCUCUUCCUGUUCCCUGGUGCAGACGAUGCGCGCGUCGUCUAUGACAGGGCGCGCGUCGUAUAUUACAGAGCGCGCGUCGUCUAUUACAGAGCGCGCGUCGUCUAUGACAGGGCGCGCGUCGUGUAUUACAGAGCGCGCGUCGUAUAUUACAGAGCGCGCGUCGUCUAUUACAGAAAGCGCGUCGUCUAUUACAGAGCGCGCGUCGUGUAUUACAGAGCGCGCGUGUCCGCGCUACAGCUCCGCGCGUGCUACGUGGCGCGGCCGGGCCGGCGCCUGCUGGCCGCCGACUUCCGACACAUCGAGUGCCGCGUGUUCGCGCACCUCGCCGCCGACACCCGCCUGCUGCACGCACUGGCCCAGCCGCGCGACUUCUUUACGCAGCUGGCGGCCGACUGGCUAAAGAAGCCUGAGAGCGAAGUAGUAGCCGAAGAAAGGGAGCGGACGAAGCGGUUAGUGUACGCGAGCCUGUACGGUGCCGGGCCCCGCAAGCUGAUGGAGAUACUGGGCGUCAGCUACCAGCGCGCGCUGGAGGUGGCCGCCAGUUUCCACAGAACGUUUCCGUCGUUGAAGGAGUUCGGCGGCACAGUGUGGCGGCGCUGCGCGGCGGCGCGCGGCCGCGUGCGCAGCGUGCGCGGCCGUCUGCGCGUACUGGCGCCCGUCGCGCCGGCCGACUGCGCGCACGCGCAGCGUCAGGCCCUUAACUUUGUCGUACAGGGUAUGUUGCGCUUCCCGUAUCACUUUUUAAUAAUUGUGAUUUUGAAGUAUGCGAGCGAAGUAAUUGCGACCAUACAGAGUAGGCAACUAGACAAUAGGCACCAGGCACCUAAUAAACCGGAGUGCGCAGGUUCGGCCGCCGACGUGUGCAAGAUGGCCAUGGUGGCGACGACGCGCGCGCUGGACGCGGCGGACGCGGCGCUGGUGCUGCAGGUGCACGACGAGCUCGUGUGGGAGGUGGACGAGCACCGCCUGCACGACGUGGCAGUGCGGGCGCGCGUGCGGGCUGAGCGUGCCGCUGCCGGUGUCACUGCGCGCGGGCGCGGACUGGGCGCGCAUGCAGCCCUACACCGUGUGACGUGUCACUGCGCGGGCGCGGACUGGGCGCGCAUGCAGGCCUACACCGUGUGA